UCAAGGUGGUUUUACGCAGGGAGGAAGACGGGCGCGCGCACUGAACGCUGUCUUGUCUCGCUCUUUGAGUACGGGAAGAACGCCACGCGCGCUUCAACCAGUGCAGACAGCGGCGGCUCGAGCGCCUCGGAUGAACUCGGAGGCGGGUAGAUGCGCGAGACCUCGGCCAGCCACGUAGCAAUGGCUUGUAAACGGUAAAGACGGCGGGCUCGGACUGUCUAGUCGCAAAUCGAAGGAAUUAAUGAUAGCUAGCGAAUGUCUGCUCAUGCACGCGAUAGGAAACUGUUCACAAACACUCACGGCACCCGCCAAGGAGCACUUUGUCUCAAGCAAGAAUUGUGUAGACGUGUAUUUUAUCCGAUUCCCACACAACUGGAGGUGCACGGAAUGAGGGAGAGGGCGCUCGUGUCUCGGGUCCUAUUCUGAAUGAGGAAGUUCGUCCAUUUUUAGCUGAAGCAGCUUCCAGUUUAGCUUUAACAAACUAAUUUCCCUUGUGUCGUCAAGCUUUAAGGUAGUGUCUGGCUGCAGGGUGCCGAUCUGGAGCAUCUGGUAAUGACUGCGAGAUCUAAGCGUUAAGUGCGAAGAUGCAGUCAGAACACUGACACAGGGAAGCCGGCUUUUGUGUCUGAUUCAGCAGAGAUUGUAGAUGAGGCACCUCUAUUGUUUCUGCAAGUGAAAUGGAGAUGCUGUUGAGCAAUUGAAGCUUGGAUCUAAAGGCAAAAAGACUUGAAUUGAGAAGUCAUCUUAUUUUGGAAAAAUAUGUGCGAUACAGACUUUCGUGAGUACUGUUGAGGACAGCAAUUAGUUGAUCUUUGUCUUCCUAUCUCACUUUUUGUAUAUUUUUCUCACUAUAGUGAAAGUAAUGGGGGCUCUGUUUGGGUUAGGUUAAUGUGUGUUUGGGUUUUACCCAUUCCACACUCCUGUAUUCCUCUUCUCUUGAACCUUCAAUUUCUUUUGCCCUCCUCUCGUUCUGGAGAGGAGGGGUUGGUUGCCCUUGCCCCUGUAUCUCCUUGACAGGAAAUAGUGGUGAUUCUCAAACUUGAAGUGGGAAACUCGUAAGACGUUUGAAAAGGACGCCACUUACGCAAACGGCUGCCAAUGAAGUCCUGCCAGACGCUGAAGGAGGAGGUGUCUGGCCCAGAGACAAUGUCUCAUGAGGAGACUCAACCCUCCCAAACCUAUUUCCAGAACCCCUCCAUUCCUGAUGCUGAACUAUCAGCAAAACUAUUCAAACGAGACGUUGCGGCCCAACCAUUCUCUGUGGUCAUCGACAACACGAUGGGUACUAGGCCAGAGUCGCACAUGUCCUCUGAUCUGAACCCCCUUCCUACCCCAACUCAACAGUUUUAUAGGGAAGGAACUGAACAAUCAGGGACAAAGGGGGCACUGCAGAGCGGGAAUGGAGGAACUUCGGAAGAUUCAGAAGCCGAAGAGGGAGCAGGGGCGGAAGACGAAUUUAAACAUGGACAGAUUAUCGUGGAGGUCAACCUGAAUAACCAGACCCUGCACGUGUCCAAAGGGGAUGACACGGCAAAUCCUAACACUGCAGAAGUAGACAUGAGCAACAGUGAUGAGGAAGAAGAGGAGGAGGAGGAGGAGGAGGAGGAAGAUAGUGCAGAAUACAAUGACAGUGCUGAUGAGGAUCUGGAAGAAGAGGAUGAAGAAGAGGAACACAACAGUCGGCGAACAAGAGCUCAACGGGCACACAGGGGCCGAGCGGCCAGUCAGCCGCAGAGGAAGAGUCGCCGUGUAACACCGUCAUCGGCAGGAAGUGCAACUACAGUGGCCACCGGCAUGACCACUAGGGGGCGGAGGAAGAAUGCAGAGGCCCCGGCACGAAAGCGUAGACCUGCCAGGGAGGCCAAAGGCUCCGUCUCCUCUGCCUCAAGAGCAACGGGCGCAGGAGGAGGGCCCGUGGGAGAGGGUGAGGAGAAGGAGACGCUGGCGUGUGAAAAAUGUCCACGUGUGUUUAACACCCGCUGGUACUUGGAGAAACACAUGAAUGUCACACAUAGACGCAUGCAAAUCUGCGACAGAUGCGGGAAGAAGUUUGUGCUGGAGAGUGAACUCGCCCUGCACCAGCAGACAGACUGUGAGAAGAACAUCCAGUGUGUGUCAUGUAAUAAGUCCUUUAAGAAGCUGUGGUCCCUCCAUGAACACAUUAAGAUUGUCCAUGGCUUUGCUGAGAAGAAAUUUGCCUGUGAGAUUUGUGAGAAGAAAUUCUACACCAUGGCGCAUGUCCGCAAGCACAUGGUCGCUCACACAAAGGACAUGCCGUUUACCUGUGAAACCUGUGGAAAGUCUUUUAAGCGCAGCAUGUCACUGAAAGUGCACUCACUCCAGCAUUCAGGAGAGAAGCCCUUCCGUUGUGAGAACUGUGAUGAGAGGUUCCAAUAUAAAUACCAGCUGCGGUCGCAUAUGAGCAUUCACAUAGGACACAAGCAGUUUAUGUGCCAGUGGUGUGGCAAAGACUUCAACAUGAAACAGUAUUUUGACGAGCACAUGAAGACACACACAGGUGAGAAGCCAUUCAUCUGUGAGAUCUGUGGGAAGAGUUUCACCAGCCGCCCCAACAUGAAGCGACAUAGGCGCACCCACACAGGAGAAAAGCCGUACCCUUGCGAAAUCUGUGGUCAGCGUUUCCGCUUUUCCAACAUGCUCAAGGCGCACCGAGAGAAGUGCUUUCGAGUCACCAGCCCGGUGACCCUUCAAUCUGCCACCAUGACGAUUCCUAUCCAGCUUACUGGCCACACCCCCUCACCAUCAGGCCACACCCCUAGUCCACCCCAAUCCAGCCAGUCAACGCCCUCCAUUGCAUCCGUAGGCCCUGGAAUGAUCAGUCCUGCCACGGGACCCCUCCCUCAUAGAGUGGUUGCCAGUCAUAGCUUUACUCAUUUGCACAUGCAGACCACAUCCAUACAUCAACACUCCGCACACACUCUGACUUCUGUCCAUCACACAGGACAUGCUCCCAUGACGAGCCACGCCCCUCAGCACAUUUCAUUGCAGCCUUCUGUCCUACCCCUGCCCCAUGCCCUUUUCAAGAGCGAGCCAAUAAACCACUGCGUGCAUGAGGAUGCAUACCUGCGACAGGGCGCCGCUCAGCAACACCACUGAAACACGUUUCGCACCGAAUGCAGCUCAAAUAAGGUGCUCAUUGGAGAACAGAGUGGACAGACACAUUUCUGCAUUAUACACCUAUUUACGAAAAUGUGGAGCUCAAUGAAAAUGUGAUGUUUUUUGUGUAUGUUUGAGAGGAAGAAACAAAACUGAUGACUACAAACAUACUUGCCACUAGCACUCGAGACCAAACAGGUUUUUUGUAGACAGAUGAACUCCAUGAACUAGCACUCAAGAACAUAAAAAACAAUUUCUGAUAGCAUUACUCUGAUUCAUCAAGCUCUGGUUGGACAAAAUCACAAUGAACAAAACAUUGUGUGCCAUUGUGGUUUAAACAUGCUCUCUCAGCUUCUUUGUCACUCUUAGGGGCCAUUCACACCGAACACAUUUUUGUGUUUUAAGUGUUUUUCUAAGCGUGCUAGACAGACGUCUUUGACCAUUGCACCACGUCUAAAAGAACUUCAACUUUUAAAAAUGUUUGUAAUUAUUGUGUUGUGCUGGGUCUUUUUUCUUUCCUGCAAGAUCCUGUUCAGCCUGAACGGCCCUUACUCAUUAUCAACUCAGCUGCUGUUGCAAAGGUUCUACGGGUUCAAACAUUCACAGAUUAAAGGUCUACAUUUCAAAAUCACAAAUCAUUCACUUUAAAACGCAGUGUAACCUCUUUAGAAAUGCAGGUCUUCCCAACAAUGGAAAAUAUUCCUACAUAAUGAAAUACUGACACAAAUGCAUACAUCACACAAACGUAGUAUACAGCACUUAAGCAAACUCAGUGUAGUCUAUAUGACUGAAACUUUUCUGUUGCCUGAUUGUUGUUGUCAGUGGUUUUAUUCCUAUAUAUAUAUAUAUAUAUAUAUAUAUAUAUAUAUAUAUAUAUAUAAAAUAAAAAAACAAUUUUUUUAUUAAUAUUAAAAUGUGCAUACUGGAUAAUGCCUGUAGCUCUCUGGCAUGUUCAGUCAGAGCUUAAGACUGUUAAGAAAGACCGAUGCUGUGAUGUGAAAUAGGAGGACUGCACCUAAAGUGGAAAAAACAAAUUCUUUGUUUUACUGUAUGUACUAUAUGAUCUAACUCACUUAACCAAUAUUUUUAUUUGUAUAUUGUAGAUACACUUGCUCUGUGAGAAUUUUUAAAAGGAAAUCAGAUGUGUGUGCGUGCGUGCGAUAGUGAGAUAUUGUGAGUGAGUGACUGUGAGAGUUUGUGUGAUAGGUUGGACAACAUGGAAAGGGUUAGUUUCGAAUCAUGUAUUCAACAGAAUGUAGGAGUGGCAUUACUUGUGUGUGUGAAUGUGAAUCUCUUCGUGACCGAUUAUGCCCCUGUUGUGCUGGUAUCAAAUGCUGCUUUUUAGUUUCUAUAUCUUUUUCUGGUACAUGAUUCUUUAUCAUGCAAAUGCUUAAAGGAAUAGUUCACCCAAAAAUGGAAAUUCUAUUUACUCGCCCUCAUGUUGUUCCAGACCCCUAUGACUUUCCAGCAGGAAGUCCAUGCUAACUUUUUUGAUUCAAUAAAAGUGAAUGGUGACCACGGCUGUCCCUGGUCCCUAUCCACUUUCAUUGUUUGGAAAAGAGCAGGUUUGGGUGGGAGUUGAACUGUCCCUGUAAAGAAUGUGUGUAUGAGUGUUAAAAUGAUUUGUUUAUGUUGAACAGUGAAGUUAGGAGCAGCACAGAGAAAGUAAUGGGAAGCCUAGAGUCAAUCAGGCUGUUGAUUGAUUGAUUGUGAUUUUGUUUGUUCUCUCAUUAGACUGUCUGUCCUCUGCACUUUACUGCCAAGUUCAAGGUUUGCGCAACUGUCACAAUUUUUUUUUUUUUUUCAUGUGUCCAGUAUGUUAAGGGAUAGUUAAACCUCAAACACCUUCAUGUUAAUCCAGACUUGUAUGACUUUUCAUCCGUGGAACACAAAAGGAGCUGUUUGGAAGAAUAUUAGAGACUAACAACCUCAGUCAAUAUUUACUUUCAUUGUACGGGAAAAUGUGCGAGUAAAUGGUGACUGGGACCAAACAUUCUGCCUAUCAUUUCCUUUUGUGUAUCAAAGGACAAAGAAUGUGUUUGGAACAAUAUGAAUGUGAGUAAAUGAUGACAGAUUUUUUUAUUUUUGGGUGAACUAUCCCUUUAAAGUUGGCAGGCUGUUGGAAAAUGGUGAGAAUCACAUAGGGACAAGUUGGGAUCCUUUAUUAAAUGUCCGUGAAAUUUUGUUAGUCGCUAUAUUUGAUCCAUAAGUUGUAUUUUGCCUUCAUGUGCCGCCCUUUUUCACCUGAGAAGUACUCUCAUGGGUAAAUGUGGCUGUCAUUUGUGUCCUUUUUUUAACCAGUGUGUUCUGAGUUAUAUGUGUCUGAUUCUCUCCCUUCUCCAUCAGUUGACAGAAAGCAAUUUCUAAUAAAAUCUUGCUAGAUAAGCAAAAUAAGCAGACCAUUAUAAUGUUUAUACUUGUGAGGUGUUUUAAAAACAAAUGGACUUUCUCUUCUCAUCCAGUCUGUUUCCACCUACACACCCAUUCGAGCAGUGUUUUAUUUUAGCAUUGUGUCUGGUACAAAAACAUUUGACCUUCUUUGAGUUCUGUUUUAUGUUAUUUUUCUUGGAGACCAUCGUGGACUUGCAUUAAUAUCGGGCCUUUUUUAUAAUGUUCAUUUAACACACUUUCUGCUAACUUUUAAGAAGUAAAAAAACAAUUGAAUUAGCCGCAA